GUUUUUGGUGUUUACUAUCCUUGUGGGGAACAGAAGUCCUCACAAGGAUAGUAAAACAAUGAACAUUAGGACAAGUGGAUGCAUUUUUCUGGUCCCCCACAAGGAAGUGUAUUUUAGGGAUAGGAGUUAAGGUUAUGUUUAGGAAUUAGGGAAAUGUGAUUUUUGAAUGGAAAUCAAUUGUUUGGUCCCUAAAAGGAUUGUAAAACAAACUGUCUGUGACAUUGUAUAGAGGGCGGGUUCGGGUCGGUGUAGUAUAGUGGCGGGCGGCGCCUAUGCCCCUGCCCCUCCUUUCCUCCGCUGUGGGGCUGGUAGCCUGAACUUGAACACUGGCUGGUGCACAAGUUAGUCACUACGACGUCCCGUCGGUGCCAUAGAGCUACACAGUCAUUUGGUCAAGGCUAUUCUUAUCAACUUGAUACUUUUAAAAAUUCGAUUCCGAUUCGGAGUGUGGAUGCACCGGCAGAACAUUGACUGGUGCGAUUAAGCAGAAUGUCCAGACGCAAACAAGGCAGCCGACCGCAACACCUGAGUGCAAUUCAAGAUGCCCCUGAGCCCUCGGACACUGCCGCUCCUUCGCCAUUAGAGGAGUGGGGGUCCCUUCCCCAGGUCAGGGGUCGUGAGGAGAGUCGUGACCUACUGACCUGUGGGCAGUGCGAUCAGGCCUUCCCUCUCGCCCGCAUCCUGGCCUUCAUCCAGCACAAACAGGGGGGCUGCCACUCCCGGAAUCACGACCCCAACACUCACACCCCUCCCUCCCCAGCCAACCGGACACAGCAACGCGGUGCUGUCACUCAGGUAGAGGCUGGGUUCGUGGAGCUGAGGAGAGUGACGGACAGGUCCAAAGCGGAGGAGCAUAGUGUGAAGGUGGAGCCUAACAUAACAGAAGAGCCGUCCUGCUUUACCUGCCAGCUGUGUGAGUGUGUGUUGCCCUCUGCCUGGGCCCUGCUCCAACACGCCCAGCACACACACUCCUUCAGCAUCUACCAGGAGGACGGGGAGAAGGAGGAGAAGAUGGGAAGAGGGGGUCACCAGCACUCCAAAACUGCAGCCACCCUGGAUCCCUGUCAACUGAGCCACACCCUGGCCACCGCCUUCCACCCUUCCGCUCUGCGUCUGCCCCACAUCUUCCGUCCACGGCAGAACCGCAGGCCAGCUUCUCAGGCCAGCUCCACCCCUUCCCCCAGAGAACGACAGGCCCUCAACUUCUGUCUGAGGGAGCUGGCUGAGGGCGGUAACACCACCGCUGGUGUUCUGGUCCCCUCUCUGUCGCCGUCCCCCCCGGCCGCAUCUUCCUUCCCCCAGUGUGGACCCGCCCAGGUGGGGUUUCCCUGUGAGCUGUGUGGCCAGGGCUUCCAUUCCCUACGCAGCCUGUCAGCCCACCGGAGGACCCACGCAUGCGAGCGUCCCUACCACUGUGGCUUGUGUGACCAGGCCUUUGCCCAGAGUGGUCAGCUGGCUCGCCACAUGAGGAGUCACCGCAGUGAGACGGGCGUGGGUAGAGAGGGCUACGAGGGGAUGGAGGUGGGGCUGGUAGGGGAGGGUGAGGGGGGUCGGCAGGGGAUGAGAGAGAGGUUUAUAAUGCAGGGGGCAGGAGAAGCGGUGUUGAGUGGAGCACCAGGAGAGAGGGAGACCUCUGAGGUGGACCUGUCCCUCUCCAAGCAUCACUCCCCAGACUCUGGACUGAUCCUUCUCUCCUCCCAGCCUGGAGGUCCAGACAUGAGCCUGCUCAGGCUGUUCCAACCCCAGGGAGAGUUGGCGGACGAUGAGGUGGAGGGACAAGAGGAGCCCCAGCACGCGUCCCCCUGCGCCAGCCCCUCAGAGGGGUCACUGGAAAGCGGAGAGACUGGGGGCAGUGGGGAGAGUGGCAUUGCCAGCGGAAACUGCACCCCCAAACGGCCGGAGAGGGAGGACAGGGCUCCGGUAGGGGGGGAGUGGGAGAGCGAGCGGGACGGAGAUGGAGAGAAGGAGUGGUUUGCAGGCGGGAGCAGCGAGGUGGUCCAGGAGUGGCAGAGGGAGAGCGAACAGAGAGGAGGAGGAAACGGCGUCAUCAGCAGUAACAGUGGUAGCAACGACGGGGGGUCAGGGAAGAAGAAGAGGGAGGAGGCCUGUGAGUACUGUGGGAAACAGUUCCGGAACAGCAGCAACCUGACGGUGCACCGGCGCAGCCACACGGGAGAACGGCCCUACCAGUGUGGCCUGUGCAGCUACGCAUGCGCCCAGAGCUCCAAGCUCACACGCCACAUGAAGACCCACGGCGCCCACGGGGCCCGCGCCCCAUUCCUGUGCCAGCUGUGCGGGGUGCCCUUCACUGUGUACGCCACCCUGGAGAAACACCUGAAGAAGGUGCACGGGCUGAGCCAUGCCAGCGUCGGGACCUACACCCAGGCCAGCACAGCUGAUGUCAACUGGGCCCUUGUCCAAAUGGAUGACAGGGUGGUCAUCAAGAUGGAGGAGGAUGAAGCCACUACGGACCAGACAGAAAACAACAUGGCUGCCAUGGUGGAGAUGGGAUUGGAGGCUGAGGAGAACCAGAAAGGGGAGGUGGAUGGUACUGUCAGCCCAGCCGUAGUGGAGGAUAGUGUGGGUGAGCUUCCUGCUGAAGGCCGUGCGGACGUGGGCUCAGCGUAAACUUCUGGUCCACCUUAACUGUCACAUCACACUUUUGUACACUGACCAAGACAUCCAAAAGCACUGGCUUGGACUGUCACUCAUUCCAACCACUUUGACCAACAUAAAUAUCCAUAGAAUUGUAAUGAACCUUUCCUAGCACUCAAUUGGUAAUCAAUUCAAACUGGAUUCUAGGUACCAACCCUGCUCUCCUCUUAAUUCCCUAUCUAUGCCAUGCUGAGGUACGUCACGUCUUGCCAGAGCUGAUAAUUAGCAUAUGCAAACCCGCCUACUUAGACCACAGCACAAAACCCUGACAUGCAAUGGAAAGGAGGACGGCAAAUAGGACUUGAGAACAGGAAGUCAACCACCACAGUCCACCAGAUCACAGGAAGUUGAUCACCAUGCUCCAGCACAAUAUAGGAAGUGGACACCAGUGGUCAAAUGAUUGGUUCACUCAGUCAACAUACUAGUGAUGAUUACCAAUAGGAACUGUUGUAGAAAGCAAAAAAAGGGCUUGUAAUUAUUAUUUUUAUUUUAUAUAUCUAGUGGCAUGAGAUUACUAUGAUUAGUGAGGCUUUCAUAUCCUGUUCUGUUGCUGUGGUGACAACUGGCAGGGUGGUUGUCACACUCUAAUUCGUCCACAGACUAGUUGUUUGGACAGAGAUGGGGUCAAAGUUGGAAACGAACCCAAGCAGGUUUCUCGGUAUCCUUUUUAGAUUUAGCUUUUGACACAACACUUGCCACUUAAUGUAAAGUUUACAAGGCUCGUGAGGCCCAGCUAAGUUCUGUUCUUCCUCUGUGUGUAUGGCUGUCUCAUCCAAUGUGUCUCAUCUGCUGAUUGUUUUCCGAGCUUAGCUGCUAAGCAUAAAGAAACUGCCAUUUUGACUUCAAAUGAAACGGGUGUGGAUUUAUUUCCUUUCUUACUUCAUAAUUGGAUGAUCUUUUUUUCUUUCCUUUUUGUUUACGCUCAUAAAACGCGGGAAACCCCUUGAAGCUUGCGCAUAUGCAUGUUUUGCUGCCAUUUUGAAAUGGUUUGAAUUUGUCCUUUAAUUUAUGGGCCCAUGUUAGUGGUUGGCAAAUGAAACUACAGGUUGGAGAGCUAUAGUAAAUGGUUUGUUGAUGGGUGGGAGAGUUUUGUGGGUAACACCGUGUGUGUGUGUGUGCAGAGAAGUUGUUUGGUAACACUUGACUUGAACUGUCGGUCAAAUGCCUCGCUAACUACAACCGAAAACAUGACCAGCUGUUUUAUUUGCUUGGAAACGGAGCCUAUGCCCAUGACAACGGUGCUCGCAGCGGAAGGCUAGAUAACUGUGGCUAACCUUUUCGCUAUAGUGGCUGAGAACAUGGUUUGAGUGAAGUGUCACCAACUAUUUUGUGACUACUGUGACUUAUGUUAUCAUUAUUGAUGUCAAUAUACACUGGCGGCAGGGAACCCUUAUUUUUUGGACACUUUGAAAAAAAACAAUUCUUUGCGUUGUAUGAAACUAGUGACAGGGUGAAAUGUGUACGAUGUGAUGGACAUGAGCGGAGUAUAGUUGUUCAGGGACCCAUGUUAUGUGCAUAGAAUGACACUCGCAGAUGUCGCUGCCACUGAUAUCGUCAAUUGACUGUGCUGUAUGCCUCAAACUCAACUCAGUUUCCCAGAAUUCUUGGUUUUCUCUGUCUGUGCUGACUACAAUGAGGCUGACGACAACACUGUCUUUGUAAACUUGACACCAUUUUGUCAUUGACCUGGUUAUGAGGAGUCUCAUUAAAGAAUUGAGGCAAAGCGA